AAGCGAUACGUAGAUUUCUAUAUGAAACGUAUGUACGUGCUAUACACACAAGUUUAAUUCUUACAAAACUCCUAAUUUAAUAAAAAUACGUACGUUAGAAGCCCCAAAUAAAUAGAAAUACACACACUAGAACAACGUAGUUAACAAUGGGAAAUGCAUACUUCAGAACUUCGUGGAUGAUAAUAUGGAAUACGUGCAUUCUUUAGACACCUAACAGAAAUACUGGCGUGGUUGUUUGGGUACUCGACUCUUAACUCGAAGGUCGCGAGUUCGGAUCCUGUCCCCGAACAUGCUCGCCCUUUCAGCCGUGAAAGCGUUAUAAAGAGUAGCUCAAGAGUUGGUAGUAUUGACUAGCUGCCUUCUCUAUAGACUAUUACUGCUAGAUUAGGAACGGCUAGCGCAGAUAGCCCUCGACUAGCUUUGCGAGAAAUUCAAAACAAAUAAACAACAGAAUUACGUAGAACCAAUAGUUAACAGAAAAGCAUAUACUAGGACCACGUGAUUAACACAUCUUAGAACCUCACAAUUCACAUCAUUCCCUAGCUAUCAUAAAAACAUAAGCUACAAUCCGCUUGUUAACAGAAGUACGUAACGUAUAACUCCUAUAGUCAUUGGAAAUAUUUACUCUGAAACUUGUAGUUGAAUAAAAUAUCUACUCUAGAACCCAACAGUCAGCAGUGUUUCGUAACCAGAAUCUCGCGAUUAACGGAUAUGGAAAUCUGUAAAUCAGGGCUGGAUAUCUAAAGAUAAACCCACGACCCCCCAUAAUGGUACGACUACGGUGUAUAUCAGAUUUAACAUCUAUUCUCAAGCGCCACCUGUGUAAUGAAAUUAGAACUAAAGGGUUUAACUUAAGAAUUAGAAACAAACGUGUAUGGUCAAGCUAAAAUCAUCCAAUACACUUAGUCAUCGCAGCCAGUUUGGGGAAGAUAAUUGUUUUUAAUGAAACAGAAAAUAAUUAAUAGAAAGGGAAGGAAAUAUAUAAUAAAAUGAUUACAAAAAAAAACCGAAAAUCAGACGGAGGUGACAUUCUAGCAUGUACGUACAGUACAAUGACACCUUGGAGUUCCCCCGAUAGGUCAAACAUAAGUAUCCAGGUUUAUAACGCUAAAAUUCGGGAUUCGAUGCCCCGCGGUGGAGCGAGAGAGAGAGAAGAUAGUUUGAAGAGCUUUGCACUAAGAAAACGACAUCGGCACCUAAGAUGUAAUUCAGGAAUCUUUACUUUAACCACAAAAAAGCAAUAUAUAUAUAUGUAGAGAGAGAGAGAGAGAGAAAAAAAAGAACACUCCUUAGCCUAUUUUCACUUACACACUGUUACAACAGGCGAUCAGAUAGUUUAUUGAUGAUAUACGACGUUCCUGAAAUUUGGAGCAUAAAUAUAUAUUCUAGAACCCCGCGAUUACGAGAACUACAGGCUCUACACUCAAACUCUGUGGUUACUGUAGUUACAUAUUCUAGAACUAUGUAGAUAGUACUAGUUACAUCGUCGAUAAACAUGUAAAAAGUCACGAAGUAGUGCAUUAGCAAAACGGGAAACAUAGAAUUGUGUUGAAUUAUCCUAAGUGUUAAUUUCACGAAUCGCUAUAUUUUUUAAAUUCAAUGAACUGGAGUAGACAGGUCAGAACUUGCUUUAGCAAGGAGCCCAAGGAACAGUACACUUUGGAAGAAUACCAACUUCCUAUUUUCAGGUGUGCCUCACCACAGUUGCCAGGUAUUUCGAAAACCAAAACACAGGACUUCGAAAGCUCUGGACGUAAAUCACCAACUGAAAGUUACUCUGGCCCAAGAGAAAGCACGUCUGUUUCAAGCGUCUCUCGCAGAUCGUCUGGUAUCCAAAGACAAGCUUCACUCUGCAUAUCUGACGAUGAAGAAGCUGAAACCAUAUUUCAACGUCAACUAACUGGAUCAGAUCAUUCAGUGCUUUGUGAAAGUUUGCCAUCUAAUGAAAUUAGUGAAUCUAAUGGUUUGAAAACACACUUUCCUGAUGAAAUCCUAGCAGGAACUAGUCUAACUAAUGUAACGGUGGUGGUGCAUCAUCGUGAAGGACAACAUGUGCGUGUAGCCAGUGAAAGUUCGCCAGGUGGCGUAUCCUUGACAAAAAAAGAACAAGAAUCUUUACAAUGUGAUCAUUCCCAUUCGUCACUAGAAUCAAGUAGUACUAGAACAAUCACAGCACCCGAGCCAAUGGGCAAAAGUGUCGAUGCUAAAGAAGCUUCUUCGCAAACCUUUUUGACUAACAUCCACGCUGUAAACAUUGAAGAAUACUUACGAAUCGCCGAGUCGUGCCAACAAACAGUCGUUACUACAGAUAUUGAAAAAGAUAAUAAUACCCCAGAACUUUAUCAACAACCCAUCGUUUACGAUGUAGAACUAGAAGAGACUGGCCCUUCGUACCUUCAAGUUUGCAAAGAGCCAAACCAUCGAAAAGGGUCAGUCUCUAGCUUGGAGGUUGUACAAGAUGGGGAAGGCUGGAAGGAGGUUCCAAAGCCAUUGCGUGAAGCCUGUAGCACUGAACUUGGAAUUCUAGAACAAAAACUGGAACUAUAUCAGGAGGAAAAUCGUAAAGCGUUUUUAAUUCAUUCAGACAUCUCUACUCCAGAGCAAGAAAGUUCAGAAAUAUACAAGAUUCGUUACAAUGACACAGGAAGUAAGGAGGACGUGCGAGAAGAAACGAUAGUAAUUUCCUCUCCAGACAGCAAUGAAGUGAAAGAGGAAGAAUUAGUCGAAGAAGAAUACGAACUUGAACGUCAACAGUAUAGAGAACUCUGGGAGCUUCGAGCCACUUUUGAAGAGGAAGAAGAACUUCAUGACAUCUUACAAAUCAGUGGAGAUGACGACCUAAAAGAUAUUUGUUGUUUGGAUGAGUACGAUAAAGAAGAAAAGCUUCUGAAAUGCUCAAAGGUUUAUAGUGAAGAUGAAGAAAAUUGCACAUUUCUGUCUCAAAAAGAAGAAACAUUACCAGAAAAACAAGAAGAGGAGUCGUUUCAUUUCAGAGAAAAAGUGGAACUUCAAGAAAAGAACCGAUGUACAACCGAAAGCGAAAAUAGAUUUUCACAAGAGAAUCAUGAAAAUUAUGAAAAAUAUAAAACUGAUCUAGGAGAAGAACAAUCGCCAGACACUACGGAGAAAUCACCAGAUCUGGACCAAGCUAUUACACAGGCUAUAUCGUUUGAGUCAAAUGCAGAUUUUGUUCUCACUGAUGAAAGUUGUGGCACAGUUUUAGAAGAUCAUAUUAGAAUAACCAAUAAUCUAUUGCAACCUCCUUCAUACGAAUCUAGAAGACACAGCUAUAAAAACCUAUUCACUAGACGCCUCCAAAGAAGAUAUGCAUCAGAACCUACACAACCUGCGACUACAAGCACAGAUAAUAGUUUGGAUAGUAUGGAGACUGAAGGAUCUUCUACUGAUGCCAGUAGAGUAGAAGGACAUACCACAUCUUUAGAUUCCACAACCACCGACAACACUGAUAGUACAGGAGAUGGCCAGUCGCACAUGUUGCAACAGAUGAAGGCGGACAGUGGUUAUAAGUCCAUGUCUGUUGAUGGAAACGGAAAGCCUCCCAAGCUAAGCCGGAAACAAAUUCAACCUGCCAUUGACGAAGAUACGAUUACAGUUCUUUGUUCCGUUCACGAUGAAGGUGCGCUUGGUGUGAUAAAAACACCUGCAGAGCCUUUAGAAACUACAUCAGAUGAGCAGGUAAAACGAAAGCUCGUACCAAGCAUUGAACACAUGUUUGCUUUCCAUAAAGAUUCAGCUACUUGGGUUCAAACUGAUCGGAAGAAGACUAAGAGUGCCUUUAAAAAAAGAAGACAGUAUUUAAAGAGUCGUCAUGAUCCAGAGACGCUAAGUGAUGGCGCUUUGCAAUGGCGCAGUGAAUCAUUAUCUGACUCUCAGUCAGUUUCAGGAAGCCGACAAGAUGUUCGAGAAAAAUCGUCGGUGUUUCGUCGCUUUUUCCGAUCGAACAGGCUGCAUUUUGACAGAUUUCUUAUGCGUGAUUACAGCGUUGACGAGAAAAGUGACGCUCUAUUCCGUGAGUUCGCCCGAAGCGACCCAGUAUAUGAAGCAGACUUCCAUGUUUCAUCGAGGUUUCUACAUGGGCAUUUUCGUAUUCACCAUCAUUACUCUCGCUCUCGAGACCAGAGUAACACUAGUCCUAGGAUGUCCCGCAAAAUACUUUCUCCUCAGCUUAGUAUAGAAGAAGAACCUUUCGAAAGUGAUGAAGAACGAUACUCAGUCGAAGACGAUUGUCAUAGUCGUCACAAGUCAUUCAGUCGUCAUCAGCCACAAGUGGCUCAUGCAGCAGGAAUUCCAAUUAUACGACUUCCAAUGGAAAACAACUAUUGAGCGAUCAGUGUUAUUAUAAGUAGUGCAGUUUCUUUGGAACCUGAGUCAGAAAAAUGUGCAGUUUCUUACGGGUAACAACAAGAUACAAACACCUAGCAACCAAAAAUCCGAACUACACUGUGAAAGAUGUAGUCGGGGGAUAAUAACCGGAAGCGCUACUAAAGCGAUAACAGACGGCUAAAUAGAAAGAUAUUGUUGCUAAGCUAGAAGAAAUAUUGAUUUUUUCUUAAGUGUCUUAAAAGAAACCCAUCAAACUGGAUAACAGAUCAACCGAUUAGUGGAUUCCAGCCACGAUUAUCUGACGAGAGCAUGUAAAGGAGAAUCACGAAUGUGUUUUUGGGAACAACUAUUAAAUAAAUUAUUGUGCUGUAAAAUGACAUAUUGUUGUUUUGUCUAAAGUAUUAUAUACAUUGUUGUUCACUGCACAAAAUGUGUAAGCUUUGUUUACAUUCUUUUGUAAACAUAGCGCGUGAAAUGCCUAAAAGGUGCUUCAUUACAGGUUUUCAUAUUGAGAAGUUCGAGAAACAACAAAGCUUUCUGUAAAUACACUUUUCAUUCUCGGGAUUUUUCUUGUCCCUCUGUGAUCCAAUACCCUAUAUUUAUUGUUAUAUCUACUAAAUCAUGUGAACCACUAGCUAUACAAAAUUGGAAUAAACAAUAUUUUCUUUCAGUUUGAA